AUGUACGGGCUGCUGUGCGAGAGUCUUCACGACUUCAUCAAGGAGUCGUACGGAGAUGAUGUGUGGAAGCUGGUCAGGGAGAGAGCAGAUGUCAGGCUGCACUCCUUUGUCACCCACCAGGUGUAUAGCGAGAGCGUGAUACCCCGUAUCGCGAAGGCAGCCAGUGGAGUGACAGGGACGCCCUACAAUGAGCUGAUGAACUCCUGGGGUGUCUAUUUCCUGGGCUUUGUGGGGAAGUACGGCUAUGACAGGAUCCUCAAGGUGUUGGGUCGCCAUGUACGUGACUUUGUCAACGGCCUCGACAACCUCCAUGAAUACCUGCGCUUCAGCUACCCCAAGGUGCAGCCCCCGACCUUCUUCUGCCAGGAGGAGUCUGCUACUGGAGUCACCCUGCACUACAGGAGUAAGCGUAAAGGCUACCUGCACUAUGCCAUGGGUCAGCUGAGGCAGAUGGGGAAGCAGUUCUACGACACCGACAUCCAAGUGGAGGUGAUGUCUGAGCAGAUUGUCGGAGACUACUCCCACGUCACCAUGAGGCUGAACUUUGACAACUCAGCCUACCGCUACAUCAUGAAGGAGGAUGAGGAAGAGCAGGAGAUUUUGCCCAUUACCUCAGACUUCUUCUUUGAGGUCUUCCCCUUCAAUAUUGUCUUCAGACAGGACAUGGUGGUGCACAACGUGGGCUCGGGCCUGUCUACUGUCUUCCCUGAUCUGGAUGGGAAGAAAAUCACAGACGCCUUCUUGCUCGCUCGCCCCCUAGUGGAGUUCAACUGGAACAUGAUCAUCUCCCACCCCAACAACGGAUCAAUUUCGAAGCAGUCAGACACAAAAACCCAGCUCAACCUGAAACUAAAAGGACAAAUGAGAUACAUGCCAGAAUGGGAGUCCAUCAUCUUCCUGGGAACUCCUGUGAUGGAGAGUCUGAGUGCCAUGUUCAGGACCGGCCUGUACAUCAACGACCUGAGCAUGCACGACUCCAGCAGAGACCUGGUGUUGGCGGGGACUCAGCAGUCAGAGGAGCUGAAGAGAGCUCUCAUACAGGAGCAGAAGAAGUCCAGCAAGCUGGAGGAGAGUAUGAAGAUGUUGGAUUAUGAAAUGAAGAAGACUGAUGACCUUCUCUACAGGAUGAUUCCAAAGCCGGUGGCCAAGAGGCUCCGCAAAGGAGAGCCUGCUGUGAACACUUGUGAGGUGUUCCCAGAUGUGACCAUUCUCUUCAGCGAUGUUGUGGGUUUUACCCGCAUUUGCAGCCACAUCACCCCGAUGCAGGUGGUCUCCAUGCUCAACACCAUGUACACGCUGUUUGACACGCUCAGCGAGAAGCACCGUGUCUUCAAGGUCGAGACCAUCGGAGAUGCCUACAUGGUGGUUGCUGGGGCUCCGGAGAAAACCAAGUACCACGCUCAUAACAUUUGUGACAUGGCCCUCGACAUGGUGCGCUCCAUCGACCACCUGAAGGAUCCCUCCAACGGCAACCACAUACAGAUUCGUGUUGGGAUCCACUCUGGCAUGGUUGUGGCAGGUGUGGUGGGACAUAAGAUGCCACGUUACGGUCUGCACGGGGACACGGUCCACACCGCGUCCGCCAUGGAGAGCAACGGCAAGGAGAUGCACAUUCAGCUCACCAGCGCCACCUAUGAGCACCUGAAAGGAAGCCACUUCAUUUUCGAAAGGAGGGGCAUCAUCACCAUCAAGGGGAAUGUUGAAAUCGAGACGUACUGGCUGAAAGGCAAGAGGGACAAGGACGGGAACGCUCAGGCCGCGUGUCCGCAGUUUGAGAUUCAGACCAUCAGCAAGGCCAACAUCAAAGCCCCCGAGGCCAAACGAGCUGAGGAGGGAAUGGUCUUUCCUCUGGUUGCGGGGGACGGCAAGGACGAUGCCAAGUCUAGUCCCUCUCACCGCAUCAAGAUGGAGAUUUCAGGCCAUUCACCGGAGGAGAAGAUGGAGGAGGGCCGCAAGGAGGAGAUGUCCGGUCAUAAGGCCCACCACAAGGACGCUUUGCAGGACGGCCACAGGGACCCUCACCUGGAACGGAACUCGCCCGAGUCUGACGACCGAGACUCCAUCGCGGAGUCCCACGCCAGCUCCUGCGACUCCCACUCCUCCAAGAGUGCCAUGUGCUCCGUGUCGUGA